AUGCCUUUUGCACCAAUAAAGGAUGGCCAAUUUACAAGUACAAUUUAUGGAAUGAUCAAAGAAGGCCGACAUGACAAUGCAAUUCGAUCACUUCAAUAUGAAUUGCAACGAGCGCCAAAUAGUCGAGCGGCACUGUCGUUACUCGGCUAUUGCUAUUUCUAUCUGCAACAAUUCGCAGAAGCGGCGGAAUGUUACGAAAAACUUGUGCAAUUAUAUUCAACCUAUCCGGAAUAUAAACUUUAUUGGGCUCAGUCUCUCUACAAUGCUUUCAUGUUUCCGGAAGCUACUGCUGUUGUUUCACAAAUUGAUGAUUCACAACUUGCUGGACAAGUUCUAAAAUUGGAAUCGGCAAUUAAAUAUCGUGAAGAAGAUAUCGCAAAUGCUCGAAUGCUCGUUGAAAAAUAUGAAGUAGAUGAUCCGGACGGUGAUAUCAAUCUAGCAUGCCUUGAAUAUAAGGAAGGAAAUUACGAAAAGGCUCUUGAACGCUUCACAACUGCUACACAUCUUCAUGGUUAUCAGCCAUGUUUGGCUUAUUCAAUAGCUUUAUGCCAUUAUCAAAUGUAUAAUUACUCGGAGGCAUUAAAAUUUAUUGCUGAUAUCAUUGAUCGAGGAGUACAAGAUCAUCCAGAACUGUCAAUUGGUAUGGCAACGGAAGGUAUGGAUGUAAGUUCAGUUGGCAAUACACGUCUUCUACACGAAACAUCUUUGAUCGAAGCGUGCAAUUUAAAAGCAGCAAUUGAAUACAAUCUGAAGAAUUUAUCGGCAGCUUCUGAAGCGCUAACAGAUAUGCCACCAAGGCUGGAAGAAGAACUUGAUCCGGUUACUUUACAUAACCAAGCCUUAAUUAAUAUGGAUAUCAAUCCAUCCGAUGGUUUUGCAAAAUUACAGUACCUCUUGAGCCAAAAUCCAUUCCCACCGGAGACAUUCAGCAAUUUGCUUCUUCUCUACUGUAAAUAUGAGUACUACGAUUUAGCAGCUGAUGUUCUGGCUGAAAAUGCUCAUUUAACAAACAAAUAUCUUACACAGUAUUUGUAUGAUUAUCUUGACGCAGUAAUUACGCAACAAACAGCGCCAAUGGAUGCGUACAACAAGUUUGAAGCAAUUGGUAAUGAACAAAUUAAUGAAUUGCGCAAAUUGGCUAAACGCAUAAAUGAAAUUCGUCAAGAAAACGAUGAGCUAAAUGUUCAGAAAGUUGUCAAAGCAUAUGAUGACACAAUGGCUAAAUAUAUGCCAGUGUUGAUGUCGCAGGCUAAAAUUUAUUGGGAUAUGAAUGAUUACUCACAGGUCGAAAAAAUUUUUCGAAAAUCAGUGGAAUUUUGUAGCGAAAAUGAUAUUUGGAAAUUAAAUGUAGCGCAUACAUUGUUCAUGCAGGGAAAUAAAUUCAAGGAGGCAGCGGGAUUUUACGAGCCAAAUGUAAAGAAGAAUUUUGAUAAUAUGCUUAAUAUAACAGCAAUAAUUCUGGCAAAUCUCAGUGUUUGCUACAUUAUGACUAAUCAAAAUGAAGAGGCUGAAGAAUUGAUGAAGAAAGUUGAGAAUGAAGAGGAAGCAACUGCAGCAACUUCAAAUAAGACCAAAUCUUUUCAUUUAUGUAUUAUAAAUCUCGUUAUUGGUACACUUUAUUGUUCAAAAGGUAAUUAUGAAUUCGGCAUUUCACGAGUGAUCAAAGCUAUGGAACCAUAUGAUAAGAAACUUGGUACAGAUACGUGGUUUUACUGUAAACGUUGUAUGAUUUCACUCAUCGAAAAUUUGGCAAAACAUAUAAUCAACAUAAGAGAUUCUGUGCUACAAGAAUGUCUUCAGUUUUUAGAACAAUGUGAAAUCCACGGAAAGGAUGUACCAACAACAGUAGCUGGUCCAUUGAUGAUGGAUGAAUUGGAAGCUAAGAAUGCAAAAAAUACGGUAACUUAUGAGGCUCGACUAUUAAGAGCAUUGCUAUUAGAGGUAAUGAAUAACUGAAACAG